ACUCGGAGCGCCCGGAGUCAUGGCCACCACCAACGGGACCGUAGAGAACGGGCAGCCAGACAAGAAAACUUCCGCCUUGCCGCGCCCCAUCCGCAACCUGGAGGUCAAGUUCACCAAGAUAUUUAUCAACAAUGAAUGGCACGAAUCCAAAAGUGGAAAGAAGUUUGCCACAUAUAACCCUUCAAAUGUAGAGAAAAUAUGUGAAGUGGAAGAAGGAGAUAAGCCUGACGUGGACAAGGCAGUGGAGGCUGCUCAAGCUGCUUUCCAACGAGGCUCACCAUGGCGCCGGAUGGAUGCCCUCAGCCGGGGCAGGCUGCUGCAUCAGCUGGCUGACCUUGUGGAGAGGGACCGUACUCUUCUGGCCACCCUAGAAACGAUGGACACUGGGAAGCCCUUCCUUCACGCCUAUUUCAUCGACCUGGAGGGCUGCAUAAAAACCCUCCGGUACUUUGCAGGGUGGGCGGACAAGAUACAGGGCAGGACCAUCCCUACAGAUGACAACGUUGUGUGUUUCACCAGGCAUGAACCCAUCGGUGUGUGCGGAGCCAUCACUCCUUGGAACUUCCCCCUGUUGAUGCUGAUAUGGAAGCUGGCGCCCGCCCUCUGCUGUGGGAACACCGUGGUUGUGAAGCCAGCUGAGCAGACUCCCCUCACUGCCCUGUAUCUUGGCUCUCUGAUCAAAGAGGUCGGGUUUCCUCCAGGUGUGGUGAACAUCGUGACAGGUUUUGGGCCCACAGUGGGAGCUGCAAUUUCUUCUCACCCUCAGAUCGACAAGCUAGCAUUCACUGGGUCCACAGAGGUUGGGAAGCUAGUUAAAGAAGCUGCUUCUCGAAGCAAUCUGAAGAGAGUAACACUGGAACUUGGAGGCAAAAACCCAUGUAUCGUGUGUGCGGAUGCUGACCUGGACUUGGCUGUGGAGUGCGCCCAUCAGGGUGUGUUCUUUAACCAGGGCCAGUGCUGCACAGCAGCCUCCAGGGUGUUCGUGGAGGAGCAGAUCUAUGCUGAGUUUGUCCAGCGAAGCGUGGAGUACACCAAGAAGCGCCCUGUCGGAGACCCCUUCGAUGCCAGGACUGAGCAGGGGCCACAGAUUGAUCAGAAGCAAUUUGACAAAAUCAUCGAUCUAAUUGAGAGUGGGAAGAAGGAAGGUGCCAAGCUGGAAUGUGGGGGAUCAGCUAUGGAAGACAGAGGGCUUUUCAUCAAACCCACUGUCUUCUCCGAAGUGACUGACAGCAUGCGGAUUGCCAAAGAGGAGAUUUUUGGACCAGUCCAACCAAUACUGAAGUUCAAGAAUAUUGAAGAAGUGAUCACAAGAGCGAAUAGUACUGAAUAUGGACUCACAGCAGCUGUGUUCACUAAGAAUCUCGACAAGGCCCUGAAGCUGGCAUCAGCACUAGAAUCUGGGACCGUGUGGAUCAACUGCUACAAUGCCAUCUAUGCACAGGCUCCGUUUGGCGGCUUUAAAAUGUCUGGGAAUGGCAGAGAAUUAGGUGAAUAUGCUCUGAGCGAAUAUACAGAAGUGAAGACCAUCACCAUCAAACUCGACGACAAGAACCACUGAAGGGAGGAUGACGGGCUCUUUCCCCCAACAUGUGACAAUUGAAUGGUGGAUUAUACUUUCCAAAGAAAAAAAAUGACAUUCAUGGGACACUUUCAUCUAGAAACUUUUAGGCUCCUGGAUUUGCGUGACUUUAUUCUACUCUUACUUUCAUGUUUUAUUGAUUGCUCAUGUUGUGGAUGGCCAUAAUGGAGCCUUUGGCCAUUUCCAUGGGACAGUAAAGAUGCUCAAGGCAUUGUUAAUAGGAAAUGGAAUUUGUAGUAUCCAGCAACUACUUAAAAAUGCUUUGCUGAAUCUGAUGCUUAUAAUACUUAGAAGAACUCCCUGCAUGUUCCCAGCACCUAUGGUCUUCUACGUUUCCCCUGUGCAUAACACAAGGGGGUAGGGCUGGAAGUAUCAUUUGCCAGGAACAGCAUAACACUAAAUUGAAAAAAAAAAAAGAAUUUUUUUCUUAAGGAUAAAAAGAUAUAAUGUAGGGAGUCUUGGGGGCCUAAGGUGUGUCUGGGUGUGAGGGCCUUUAAGAACUUCAUUUUUACCAAGACCACAGGAAUCAGCUUGUGAAAGCAAUAUUGUCCUGAGGCUAUGACUGAAUCAACAGCCUAAAGCACUUACUCUAAAACUAUGUCAUUGUCUCUCUUAACCAAAGCGCUUUCUUAAGCAAAAAAAAAAAUACAUAGUUUGUAUUACAUUAGCUGUUUAAAAGUCAAUGCUCUAUUAUGGCAGCAGAGUAAAUCCUCUGAAUUUUAUAAACACACCAAAGCAAUAUUUAAUUUGCUUUUACAAAUUAUGCACUCUACCAUAUUCUUAAUGAUUUAUGAUAUCCUAUAUACUAACCCUUGUCCAAGUUCUAUUACCCAGUUUAGAUUAGCAAAAGAUAUGGCUAUAAAGACUGGUGUCAUAAUAUAGACUUGUUUUUUAAAGUCCUGUUUGGUGUGAUUUCUGACUAAUUAACAAAUAGGAAAUGAAUUCCAUUGAGGAACCGGGUCACUCCUUCUAAGUCCAAGUGGACUGAGUAUAACAGGCUGUGAAAGGUUCCUGUCCUCUUUGUGUCUCCAAGGGAUGUGCAAUUCCAUCGACUUUGACUUGGAAAACUGGAUGUGUUUCCAUAUAGCUUAAAAAAAUAAAACCAAAUUUAAAUUGUG